CUCAAUCAGUACAUGGUGCUUUCAUUUUCCCGAUCAUACUUGUGAUCAGCUGAUAAGGUCUUAAGGUUUGCUUCGUUCGGGGGACAUUUGCUAGACGAAAUAGAUUGAGAGUAUCUUACGUGGCAUGAGCGAAUCACAGGGUGCUCCUUAUGGCUGGUAAACGGAGAAGAUCACACAAAUCUUCUAAGGUUACAGAUUCAGAGUUUGAUAGCAAACGGUAUAUUAGCAAUACUCUAUCUCAAAGCAGUUCUAGCUACUCAGUCCCGCUUACUUCUGAGCUGUCUGAGGUCAGUACUCCAGCUGCACCAAAAGCGAUUGGAACUCAAGGUUCACAUCUUCCUACGUCCAUUUCAUCCGAAAUACCUCGAGUCAAGUGUAAUUCAGCGCGAAGUAGACCCAUUGUAGGGAGACCAAGGAGGGGAUCCGACGCUGCUAUUCACUGUUCAACUUCACACAGUUCUUCAAUCCACGAAGAAAUUGCAUUUGGUAGACAGAUACAGAGCUUGGGAAAUACUUCUAAAAUUGGAUUCAAAACAAGUGAUCAGAUCCGGCGAAGAGCCAGUAAGAGAAGCUCUCAUUGCCAAGAAGACAAACUCCCUGCUGUCUCUCAAGAUAAAUCAAGAGCCACUAAACGCCAGCGCCUCUCUAACUCAAGAGCUCGGGAAAGAGGAGCUUACCACAGUCAUUCAUCAUAUUCAAAAUCGUCUGAUCGAAAACGGCAUUCAUUCACUUCACAAACAACUGCUUAUAUUGCACAAAAUUCAUCACGUACAACCACGGGUUCAUAUAUGAGCAAAAGGUCACGUCGCGAUCGUCAGCGAUCUGUUACUUCUAUGACGACAACAAGUCCCACCACAAUCAAAACCACGAACACUGGCGACAAUGUGUUCAACGCAAACACCUCAAACUAUUCAGCUUGCCAAAGUCUUUCAUCCACUCACUGUACAGAUGAAAGGAAUAUGCAACCUCAAGUGUCCUGUGUUCAAUUACCUAUUGAUCCUUGUGCUCCAGGUGUAGUGAUAUGUAGUGGUGUUAACUUCCCGCAAAAUAUGGGAACAAAAGGAUGCUCUAGUAAUGACAUACACCAAUCUGCCAAUCCGUCAAAUGUCCCAUUUUACAUUGCUCAGAAAAAUAUUUGUGAAUCAACAGAAACUCAAGAUCACCAUUCUCGCCUACUUAAUUCACGUCAAUAUGUUAUGCCUGACCUCGCCCACAGUACAGAAAGUCACAAAGCUUCAUCCGUUUCAGAAUCCAAAACUUUCAGUAACCACUCUAAUUCAAUCCAGCUACGUAGCUCUAAAGAACUACCGACUAGCCAAUCGGAAGGUAAUGGCAGCCAUAACUACCAUAUGCCAUUUGAUAUGACAACGAAUACACCGUACAACCAAAUAUCUUUACCAUCGGCACAAAUCGCAUCAGACCAAAAGAAUCAAAUGGGUUCAUCUGGCUGGUCAUCUACGGAUGCUUUGGGACCUCAAAUGGCUUACUCAACAGCAUCAUUACCCAGCAGUGCAAUGAUGGCCGCUUCAUUGCAGACUUCAUCUAAUUACCGCAAAAGAACUUUGGAAUCAUUUAAUUCAGCUCAGGUAUUUCAUCCUUCAACAUCUGGGUCUCCUUCAGUCAGUCAUUUUCAAAAUGACCAGAAAUCUUCCACUCAGUCAAAUGUUAUCCCUAUACUACCAAACGCCUGUUCACCUUUCUUAGUUUCACCCGCUGGAUCUGUGUCAACAAAUGCCCCAACCGCUAUACAACAUCUUUUAGAUCCAGUUAAUGUAGCCCGUUUAAUUGCAUUAAAUCAAAAUAUGCAUUCAAGCACUCAAGGUCAAAACUCUUCAGAAAAUCAACAUUCUGCAUUAUCUCCACGAAGUUUAACAUCGUCUUUUCACCCUACAGCAUCGGUUUCCCCAGGCAAAUACUCACGACAUUCUGUCCAUACUGCCCAUUCAGGAUCUGCCUCUACUUCAAAGUCUGUUAUAUAUACCCGCAAUCAUUCCAAUACAUCAGAAUGGUCUAAUCUCAGACCAAAUGCUUCUAACAGUGGACAACGUAAUCCUCAUGCGGAUGGCAUUAAUCAUCGUAUAGCACAGUUACAACAGGCUUCAACAGAUAGAUCCGUACAGCUCAUUCUUUUGCAAGAUAUAAAUCAGAUCUUGCUGAUGGACUUCGAAGAGAAUUUAGCCAACUUAAAUGUCAACGGUUUGGUUAGUUGCGUUCUAGAAAUACUUGAAUCACAAGAUGAACAUUUAGUUGAAUUGAAAAAUUUAAGUUGCAAUGUCUUAACCCAUAUGAUGGAUGUUCUACCACGGAGUUCAGAUGCUAUUGUUCCAGCUUUGCCUAUCCUUCUUACAACUAUGUCUUCUAGUUUCGUUGGUGACAUAUUGGAGAGGAUUAUUAAUUUAUUGGAGCAAAUAUCACGUCGCCAUGGAAAAGAAGUUCUGAAAUCCGGUGGAGUUUCUACUGUACUAGGAUUUUACGAUUUUGUUACAUCAGCACAACAUCGUACUAUCUUAACAAUGGUGAACAACUGUUUUAUGAAUCUUCAACCAGCUGACUAUGAUUUAAUCUCAAACUGUCUUCCUACAUUAGCUGAACACUUAAAAGAAUCAGAACCUCGUUGUGUUGAACGUGUUUGCAGUUGUUUUGUACGCUUGAUAAGUGCAUAUCGACAUGAACCAAAUCUGUUGAAAUAUAUUGUCAACAGUUGUAAUUUAUUAACCAAUCUUCAAUCAUUGCUCACCUUGACGCCAUCGGUUUUGUCUAGUAUUCAUGAAGUGGUUCAAAUAUUAGCAACUCUAUGCGCAAGCUGUCCUGAUUUGGCUGUAGAUUUAAUAAAGCAUAAUAUCGCAGAUACCAUAUACACCCUUUUGUUGGGGGUGAGUCCCGAAAUGGAAAACAACUGGGCUAGUUUAACAUCAUGCUUCAACGGUUUAACACUUACAAACCUAGUUGCGAAUCCACCGAUUAAUACACGACUUCGUACUCGUUCUCAUUCUGGUGAACCAUUCAAAACUUCAUCAUCUACACUAAUGGGUUCAACGCAUUCAUCAGUUAAUAAACAUUAUGAUGUUGGAUCAUUAUCUUCAAUUGGUGUACCUCAGCCUACCAGUCUACCAUUUGGUUGGCAAUCUUUGAUGAUUACUAGUUCACCUUUAUCAAAUGCUGCUUUAUCUAAUUCCUUAAGUCUGCCAAUUAAUCAAAGAAGUUCAGAUGAUGUGCAUGCACUAGUUCAUUUGAUUAGUGAACUCCUUCCACCGAUUUCUAGUCAUACAAAAUCCUCCGCCUUAUAUUCGAAUACAUCACAAAGAUCAUCUGAUUUAAUAGCUUCUGAUGUUCAUUUCGGAUCAGGAAUUAACUUGAAUUCCAUGUUUUCUACAAGUGAUUCUGGUCUAUGUACUCCAGAACAGUUGACUGGAGGGACAGUAUUUUUCCCAGAUUCCAGCAGUAUUCAGGUUCAGUCUUCAAAGAUGAAGAAUGCUGGAAGUUCAUCAUCUGUUUCAUCUAAUUCAUCAAGCACCCUAUUACAAGGUUCAUUUGAUUCUAUUAAUUUAUCACAAACCGACAGUUCUCAAUCGCAUAUAAUAGAUCCUCGUGCACUUCUCUUAUAUGACGAGUGCAAAGAACUUCAGAAUUAUUUGUGUAGUUUAGUUUCCAUUAAAGAAGAUUCUAAAUCUUCUCAUAGUACCCAGACUAGAAGACGUUCCGUUUAUCAAAAACAUGGUGAUGACAAUAAUGGUGGUAAACAGUCUGCUUCUGAAAAAAACAAUUCAGUACUUCAUCGUUCACGAGGUAGUGCUGACAACCAUCUUAGUCCUGAGCGCACAGAGGCUUUGCAAAUGGUGCAAACACUAUUACCACUACUCUUUGAAGUAUUUACUGAAACUACAAAAACACAGACACGCUUAUUGUGCUUGGAGGCUAUACAACGAAUGAUAUUUUAUUCAAGCCCCCUAUUAUUGGCCAAGGUUACUCAUCCACGAGUAAUAUGCAGUCAUAUUGCUGGCAUGCUUAACAGUCCUGAAACGCGUGUGAUCCUAAUGGCUUUACAAAUUUCUGUAAUGUUACUUGAUCGAAUCCCAUACAUAUUUGCUAUACAUUUUCGGAAAGAAGGUAUUCUUCAUAGUGUUGAUCAAUUGGUGUUACGCCUAACGAAUAUCGCUUCAACCAAUUCACAAUGUAAAUCAGGUACUGGUGCUGCCAUUGUCUCAAAGCAUGAGUCACCUAUAAGUAAAUCCGUGUUAAAAGGAUCUGGUGGUGUAUCUGGCAGUUCAAGUAGCUCAACACAUUUACCAAAUGACAAAUACGCAAGCGAUCGGUCUACAAAUCUUCAGUCAUCUCGUUAUUUUGAUAGUAAAUCUAAGCGGAGUUCCGUCAGUACUCCUGGAUAUCAUUCAGUGACUCAAAUGGAAGACAGCAGUACACACAACUGUCCUGUUUUACUUGAUGUCGCUCAAUCGUGCAAUCAAUCUUCUCAAACGAGUUCCAGCCAUCAUAUGGAAGUACCAAUGUCACCGAGUCAUCGUGCUUUGUCAGACUCCUCUUUAGUUUUGUUAAGUGAACGAGAUCCUUUACUGAAAUCCAUCUGUUUAGUUUGUGAAAGCCUACAAACACGUAUUCAGGAUGUACUGAAGUCUUUGGACACCCCGGCUAAUAUUCACAAAGUUGAACUAAAUACUUUUGAUAAUCAUGAAGAAAAUACGACUAACAUUUCAUCAUCUUGUGAUCUGAUUGACUUAAUGCCUAUCUUAGUAAGUAUUGCUCAUCAAUUGAACUCUGAUGCACCAAAUCUAUGGAUUCGUGGCUUAGAUCAGUUGAUAAAUUUAUUCAAUCCUGGGAAAAAAUCACUGGUAUCUGUUGAACCACCAUCUCCAUUUGAACUACAAGAAAGUGGUGUGACAAAGGCACUAUUGAAUUUUCUUACAUCAACUGAUAAUCGCGAAAUUCGUUUAUGGAUAAUGUUUCGAAUGUUCCUUGGCUGUAGAGCUACUUCAUCCAUUCGAUUCAGUCCAACAAUUAAUUGGGAGAGUAUAAAUGGUCGCAAAUGGAAUGGAUACAAAAAUUGGUUCACUUUAUUGUCAAUUGUACCAGAUUUAUUCUCAUCUGAUUGUAAUAAAUUGAGUCAGCUAAAUAUGAUUGAUUGCCAUUUGAAUUCAGAAUUGAAGCAUGAAAAUGACAAUCAAUUUCGUGGAGUUAGAGCGUUUGGAGCAUUAAUCGAAUGUCUUCUAGCUUAUUUACACAGGCAUGAACAUUUCCAGGUUCAUUCAAUUCCAUCUAUGUUACCUCCAAAUGACAAAUGGCUAUCAUUAAUUGGGAAAAAUAUGUCUAAGAAUUUGGGCAAUUCUGAUGUUCGAACUGUCUCUGGAGUUCACUAUGACCAUACUGUUACAUCACCCUCAUCUUCAGACACUACCCAUAAGUCAACAAAUCAGCAUAAUGUUCAAAAAGGUGUUGCAGUUAGUCAUUCUAGUCGACCGUCCGGCAAGCCGACUAGUUCACGAAUAUCGGGAAUGAGAACGUCAACGAAACCGCCACUUUCAUCACCAAUAAAUUACAGUAAUAAAUCUGAUCCUUUAAAUUCGAAUUGGUAUACAACGAAUAUUGAUCCAAAAUUUGCUGUUCAUCAUUCCUCCAACCCAUCUGCUCGAACUGUCCAGCUAACCUCUUUUACUCCAGGAAUACUGCGUAUUGAACUUCAUCGUAUAUCUGAUACAGAAAAGCAAACGCAAGAGGAUGGUCCACCAUUAAGUCAUUCUAGCAGUUCAUCAAUUUUGGGAUCCAAUACUAAAGGUGGUCGUAAAUCUUCCAUGUCGUCUUCAUCAUCUGGUCACUCAGCGAACACUUCAUUUUCCUUAAACACUGAACCGUGUUCUUCCUUACCGAAUUUCUUACCACUUCGUAUAACUGCUCUGGCUACAAUUCAGAAUGUUGAACGGCUGCUUUUACAGCGUAACUAUGUAAAUAGUGUGCUUCAAGAAAGUGGUUUCUCGCAUCACUCUGAUCAUAAUUUUGCAGGUAUCCAGGAUGCUUUUAUUGAUCACCUUCCGGAUGAUGAUAUAUAUGGUUCACCUCAAUCUCAUCUUAUUGAUGAAGUGACAGACGAUGAUGACGAAGAAGAUAUGGAUUCUCAUACCCACUCAUUGUUAAGAGAAUUGGGAUCCAUUGAAGACACUCUCAAAUACCGACCAGAUAUCCAGCAUUCUGAUAAACAUUUACGAGCUUCUGCUAUCAUAGGUGCAAGUCAUAGAAAAUCGUUAACACCUGAACGUCGAAAUAAAAACCAGUUUAGCCAAAUUCCCAAACCAUCUGUUUCACUUCCCAACCGAAAUACUUCUGCUUCGUGUUCUUCAGCUCAAAUACAGUCAGCUGUCACUAAAUGUUCACGACAUACAAAAUCAGAAAUGUACUCCAAACAGCUAUCCCCAUCAUCGCAUGUCCCAUCUGGUAAUGUGAUCCAUGAUCUACCAGCUACAAUUCCUAAUGUCCAGCUAUUAUCUGAAACUGGCUCUGCACAGAAUUCAUCAAAAGUGUCCAUUUCUACUUCCAGCUCACUUCAAAGGGGAUUGCGUAGCCUACUACAACGCAGUUCAGAGAUUUUACCACUUAUGACUCGUAGUGGGAUUGAAAAAGCUAAUCCCUCUAGCUUUCAUUCAAUUGAUAGUUCAAAUACUUCUGUCACCAAGAAAGUUGAUUCUCGUGGUCUUCGAAGACGUUCAACUGCUAAUGUUCCCAUUUCUGAUGCAUUUUGCUCAACGUCUGUUAGCCCUUCGACUUCAUCGACUACGCCUGAACGUGUUAUUACUCCAUUUUCUCAUUUCUUGCGUUCGGUUACAAACCCAUUAGUGGUAGAUGAUAAUCAUACUAUUGAAACAUCUGGGGGUCCUAGUAGACGCAAAUCAAAACAAACAGUUGUUCCAAAAGAGGCUUAUGUGAGUGUUACUACUACAGAUACUGAAACUUCCGGCUGUAUUUCUAAGCCUGUUUGUCCUAUUUCUCCUACUCAGCUGCCAAGUAGAUAUCGGCGGCUAAAAAGUGGGUCACUUUUAACAGCUCUUGGUGUGUUAGCUAGUAGUUCGGUAACAACUAAUACAACAUCAAGUCGUAAAGGUCCAGUUCGUCGUGGUCGGAGUGGUGGUGUUUACAGUUAUCAUGUACCACAAACUCGUUCCCUGAAAAAUACUGCAUCACCUUCGUUAUCAUCUACAUCUAACACUUCUUCGUUAUUGGGAAGUGAAGAUAGCUUCAUUUAUUAUGGUAAAUUGAAACCUAUAAUUACUUUUUAUGUUGGCGGUCAUCGUCUCCCACCAGAUAUUCCGUUAUAUGAAGCGAUCCGUAAAUUUAGUCCCGAGAUCAUAUCUUAUUCAUCAGCUAUUAACUCAAUCGUGAGUAAUUGUAGUUCUCAGAAUGAUACGCUCAAUAUUUCUGAACAACUGUCUCUUACCCACUCUGAAAAAGAAGCCUUGAUCGGUCAUCUGAUAUGGAGCCUCACCCAUACUGUUCAAUAUAAAGUUGCAUAUCGAUCUCUAAUACAUGAUACUGCUGGUAGUCAUUCACGUAAACACAAUAACACUUCUGUUCCAAUGAUUUCUGGCUGUUCUUUGUCCCCGUCUUCAGCUUCGUCGUCACCUAAAGGUAUCAGUGAUAAUGGACUCAUUAAUAUAGCGCCAUCAUUUCCUACUACACUCAGCUUGAGUGCUGCAAUAACAUGUUUUAAACAUAGACGUCCGAAUGAAAGUGAUGCUGAACAUGUAGAUAAUACAGAAAAAUGUCCCGUUACCAGUAGCAAUCAUCAAGUUGCUGAUGCAUCUACAUCAGUCCAAAAACAGGUCACUUCUUAUGGUCAAAUAUGUGAUGUGGCUCAACAUCCUUUAUUUUCUUAUCUUGUUAGUGAUUUACCUGUAGGUUUCUUGACCGACAUUCGAUGUGAUUGCAACGCUGCUGAUUCACAGUCCACUUGCUCAAUGAAUACAGAUACAACAAAUUUGAAAGAUGUAUCAGAUCACUUAUCGACCACUCUUGCAUUGUUGCGUGUACUUAACAACAUCAAUCGGUUGUGGUAUACAGUUCACAAUGCUUUGGAUCCUUUCCCUAUAUAUUCACUACAUUCAUUUCAAAGUCAAAAGCUUGCUGUCAAGGCGAAGCGACAAUUACAGGACGUUUUCAGUGUACUAGCCAACAAUUUACCUUCUUGGCUAAUUCAGUUGAUAUCUGUUUGUCCAUUCUUGUUUCCAUUCGACAUUCGAAGAACAUUUUUCUACGCUUAUAAUUUCGAUCGUAAUCGAGCACUAUUAAGGUUUCAGGAUUUAGCGAGUUCAUAUACAUCUGACAAUGAUCAAAGUCGUGAGCAUAUAGGAGCAAGAGGUUCCACAGCAUUAUUCUCUCAUGGCAACCAGCACAAUUCCGUUGCAUUUAUUUCGAACCUUUUUGGAGGGGCUUCGGGGUUUGCCAAUUCUAGUGCUUCAUCUAAUCCAGCCUCUCUUACAACUCCAUUAGAUGCAUCGUCUCAGACCUUAUUUGGCACACAACUGCUUGACUUAACUUCUGGAGCAUCUUCUUCAUCUCAGGAACAAAAUGGCCCGGAUAGCUGUAGGAACCAUCUACGAACACGAGGAAGAUAUCAUUUACGCCUGGCUUUAUCACCAAACUUCCGUCGACGUAAAGUUACAGUUAAUCGUGAUGAAAAACGUUUGUUGAAGCAAGCCGAAGUGACGUUAAAUGAAAUGGGUGAUUCGCGUGCGGUUUUAGAAAUCGCUUUUGAAGGCGAAGUAGGAUUUGGUCUUGGUCCAACAUUAGAAUUUUAUACAUUGAUAAGUCGAUUGUUGAUGAAAUCGAGUCUUAGUCUUUGGCAUGGCUGUGAAACCACUUCAGACGGAUAUUUAAUUGCUCCAGCUCCUGGACUGUAUCCUCGUCCAUUCUCUAGACAGACAAAGUCAUCUGUUAUUCGAGAGGUGUGUAUGAAAUUCAAUUUCCUGGGUCGUUUACUAGCCAGAGCACUGUUAGACUGGAGAAGACUAGACUUGCCUUUUUCGCCAGCAUUUUUCAAAUGGUUUUCAGCCCCUUCAGCAUACGAUGCUGUCAGUUCAGGUCAUAUAUUGCCAAAUGAUUUAUCACUAGUUGAUCCAGAUUUAGGUCGACAUGUCAGGCAGUUAACAGAAUUGGUUAAUCGUCGCCAAGCUCUAUGUCGUCAAUUAUCCAGUCUAGAUUCAAAUGCUUCACCCGGAUCAUUUGGAGUUCACCAUUCAAACAGUUCAAUGGAAAUCAAAAGUUCGCAUCAUUCACAGAAAAUCGAAUCUAUUAAAGCUUCAAUAGUGAUGUUGGAUAAUGAAGUCGAUGAUUUAUGUUUGAAUUUCACACUUCCUGGAUACGAAGUUGAACUAGUUAAAAAUGGUGCACACAUUAACGUCACUGGUGCUAAUCUAAGCUGUUACCUUCGAUUAGUCGCUCAUUGGUUGGUUAUUGAAGGUGCAAGUCGUCAAAUGGAUGCUGUCCUAAAAGGCUUUGAUUCAGUACUUCCCAACAUUCGUUCACGUUUAACUACACUAUUUCAACCAGAUGAAAUGGAAAAUUUAUUUUGUGGUGAAUCAACUCCUAGAUUUGGUUCAUUUUCAGUUGAUCAGAAUGGUGAUAUGAAAUUUGGUAAAUUUGAUAAAAUUCACUCAGCACCAGAUGAAGAAGGCUGGGAUGUACAAAGUUUAACUCAGUCAUGUUGUUGUGAUCAUGGAUACACUCCACAAUCACGUGCUAUUCGUUUUCUGUUUGAAAUAAUGUCUGAGUUCAAUGCUGAACAACGUCGAUUAUUCGUACAGUUUGUUACAGGCAGUCCUCGGUUACCUGUUGGUGGUUUCCGUGCAUUAAAACCUCCAUUAAAAAUUGUUAUGAAACGUGAGAUAGGCGAAAAUGCUGACAACCACUUACCUUCUGUAAUGACAUGUCAAAAUUAUUUAAAACUGCCUGACUAUUCAUCAAAAGAAUUAAUGCUUUCUAAGUUACUUUAUGCUAUCAGGGAAGGUCAGAAUGCUUUUCAUUUAUCCUAAUUCAGUUACACAACUGUAGGCAGGUGAACGAUUUGGUUACUAUACAGUUGCUAUUGUUACUUACAGUUAUCGAUAUUAUUCUAGUAGUAGUUAUAUUAUCAAGGGAAUUUAAAGAAAAACAUGUCUCAUUUGUGUAUGGUCACUCUUCUUUAACUCUACUAUUACUAUUAACAACGGCUGUAAAUUGGUGUUUUUUGCUAGUUUAAACUAAUGUCAUCACUUUACACGUUGGUGUUGUUAUAAUAUACAUGCUAAUAAUGUAUACAUGAGAUAGUAAAACAGAAAGUUGUUCUUGUUUUCCUACUAAUAGCAAUAAACCAAUUUAACCUUCUCUCGAUUUCCAAUGGAGUAACGAGCAAUGUUUCUGCUGUGAUUCCCUCUUUGCUUCUUUUUCUCUUCAAUGUGUUUGGUUGCAUACGUAUGUGUGUACACACACUUCUGUAUCUUGUUCUGUUGAAUAUUCUGUAUAUCUCCUCUUAUCUUGCCUCAUCAUUUAAACAAAACCCAAAAACACAACUGAUAUUGUUUAUUUAGUUUAAUUUUUUUUCCAUUCGUUUAUGUUAGUUGGCUUAUCUCUUGCCUUGCCUGCCUUCUUCCAGUUUAUUCACAUGUAUGAUUGUUUGUUGCAGAAAUAAGGAGUUUACACUUUUUUUCUAAGGCGUUUGUGACUGACUGCUGAGAUUUCUGUUGUUUCUUCACAUUUAUGUGUAUGAAAAUCUUGUCCACAGGAACUGUACUGUACAAUUAGGAAUUUCAUAUUCAUCUUGUUGUAAUAACACGCUUUUUGUGCAUCUGCUACUUUUUGUCUGUGUAUUAUUUGUUAGUUAACACAGUGGGUUGUGUUGUAUGAUGAUCAGUUCAUAAGUCAUAAAUACAGUUUGAUGAUCUACUCAGGCAUUAUAGAGAUGCAAAAUGAAAGUAACAUAAUGACAAUCCACGGUUCUCAUGAAUUGUAAAGGUAUACCUUUUGAUAUUCACACUUUGGAUGAAUCCUAACUAUAAACACGUUUUUAUUCACGCAUAUACAUACAAAUGAUACCACACUGCAUUUUCUGAGUCAUCAUAUGAAAGUGUAGCGAUAUGAUAAAAGAUCAUUUGAUGAUCACAACCUGCUGUCUUGUCUCUCUUUCUCUCUCUCUGCAUUAGUUACUCGUGUGUGUCACCCUUGAUUCUGUUUGCUUUACUAUAUAUAUGUGUGUGUGAUUAUCUUUUGUCAAAGUUAAAGUAAGUCUUCCCUGUCAAAGAAAGAAACCAUAGUCUCACUUUUUCUUUAUCUUGAAUUUUUCCUUAACUUUCCAUUUCUUCUACUCUAAUACAUGAGUUCGCCUACCACCUAAUUCCCCCAAGCCCCCCCUCGCUUUAAAGUACUCUAAGGUACUUACUUCAUAUUUUGAAUUCCUUGUUUUUUUGUUUAUGCGUUUAACGUAAAGAGCGAGAGGAAAACAUGAGAGCAAGAAGAAGAAGAACUAGCAGGUUUAAUUAACUCUGCAUUAUAUCUCAUUUCAUUAUUACAUAAAUAAUUGACAGUCUGAUGAUUGCAUUUUUUCUUGUUAUCCAUAUAUGGUAAAGUGUAUGUUUGUGUGUGUGUGUAUAUUUUUUGAGUAAAUAAAUUUCAUUAUUUUGACCU